GUCUAUUCGAGCGCAUUCGAUGAUGUGCCUCCGGUAUGGAUCCCAGUUCGUGGUGCUACUGGUGCUUCUGUUUGCAAUCAGCUCGCUGCAUCAGGUCACAUCCGAUGGCGAAGGUGUCUUCCGUUCACUGUACGUUCUAGAGGAUUGGAACGAGUGUAGCGCCAGGACGGACAAACCGGUACGGUACUGCAUGGCGAGAGUCAUCCUUCCCGAGGACGGCAUCCGGCACGUGGCAGGACCUUUCCUUCCGGUGGACGAUCGUAAGCACUUCCGCCGAACGCUCCUCGAAUGGGGUGUCUGUUUGUCCGCCUCGGCCACGGAACUGAACAGUGACAUUUCUGGGAGACGCACGGAGCUACCGAGCUCAUGGAACCGAUCGGAUCGCUACCGGCUCGAGCGGCACUUCUAUCCGGACGACUAUCAGGCGGAUCCUCGCACGGAACUAGCUGUCCAGGAGCGCGUGCUUGCUGGAUUACGCACCAAGCUGCCCGGUGUCCAGCCAUACACGGAGGUGGAAUACUGUGUUCCUCCCGUGCCUCCCGAACAGUAUCAAUCAGCCGUCACUCUAACGCUCUCCACCUUUGUCGCCAUCUUCGUGUGCUAUUUGUUUUUCAAAUCUCGAGGAUCGCACACCAAAAGGAGCAACAGCAGCAGCAGCACACAAGCGGCGAAGAGCAAAGCGAAUGCCAAGCAUCAGUUCCUUCUGUUUGACAUCUUCAAAUGCUACGGAUUGGUCGGGCUGGUGUUGGCACAUUGUUGCCUGUUCGGUCCAUUCAUGCUGCCACUGGAGGAUACCUCAGAUCUAGAGCGGGUUCUCACCCAACCGAACGUGAAGCUGAGCCAGCUUACGUUCCCGUUUCUAAUGCUCGUCUACUUCACCAUGAGCUCGAUGCUGUUGACCGUGAAGCUGGUAGCCGAUCGAAGAUCAUCGGAACAAAGGGGGGCGCCAGCGUCGCGACCUACACUGGCGGCGAUCAUCGUGAACCGGCUGAUAAGGCUGGUACCGCUCAAUCUUCUCACGCUCGCCUUCUGUGCCCUCGCGUACGAACGCUUCGUGGCCGGACCGCUCGCACCUCGUCAGCUGAUCGUGGAGCAAACCGCGUGCCGGUCGCACUGGUGGCUCAAUGUGCUGUUUCUCUCCAACUACAACACCCGUGAACCGUGUCUACCACACUCGUGGUACGUUAGUGCGGACUUUCAACUGUUCAUCGUCAUCUCGACGCUGCUGGUUGCCUCCUUUCGAUGGCCCCACAGGACACCACUUAUCAUCACCGGUGCCAUCGUGUGCUCCUUCCUGGGGCCCUUUCUGACGGUGCUCUGGAAUGAGUUCGAUCCAACAGGACCGCUCAGUUUGCACGAGAUGCGUUUCUUCCUACUCGACAGUGCCUUUAUGGCGCGGCUGUACACCCCCUUCUACAACAAUCUCUGCUGGAGUGUCGGUGGUAUGGUCGCCGGCUUGCUGUACGAUCGCUACCGAGAGCUUUCCGGUCGAUCAGGCCACAGCACCGUGUGCCGCACGUUGAACCAGUUCAUGGCGUUCACCUUCUUCCUGCUGCUCGUGUUCAUUCGCCUUACGAUUGAAGCUUCCGAAAGCUCCGACGGUCAUCGCCUCUGGUUGGCGGCUUGCUACGCACUCUACAAACUCACGGCGGCUGCCUUCUUUAGUGCGCUGUUCCUGCGCGUAUCACUGACGGAGAAUGACUUCCAAGGAUCGGCCGUGGUCAAGUUCGGGGCCAAACUGUACUACUGUGUUUACCUGAUACACUUUCCCAUCUUUCGGAUCAUGUUUAGCAACGAAACCAGCGUGCUGCAUGGUUCCCCUGAGCUACUGGUUUGGAUGGGCCUAAAGGUGUUCUUCGUGUCCUACCUCCUUGCGAUCGUGCUACACCUGGCCGUGGAGAAACCGACGAUGGACCUGCUGCGCAGAAUUAUCUUUGGGAAGAAAUAGAUAAAGCACCACGUGAUCG